AUGUUAAUACCUGACGAAUUAUCUUCCCCAUUUGACAAUAAUUCUUUGAUUAAGCUUGCUAGUGGCUUAGCGUUUUUUUCUCAAAUCAAUGAAAUCCAAGCAAAAGGUUACAAAGAUGUAGAGGAGAUAUUUGGUAAAGUUUCAGGUCAAUGUGGGAAUUUUCGUAAAUUUGUUACCGAUUCAGUUGAAGCGAGUUAUACUCUUCAGGAAUUCGCUGAAGAAGUUCUA